AAGUCAUGUUAGCCGGCUAGCAUCCCAACAAGAAAAAUGUUGCAUGUCAUUAUCAUUGCCACUACUCAACUUGUGAAAAUUUUUCUUCUUUAUUUCUUUUCCAUUUCUUUUUCCUCUUAGAGAUACAUCACUCAAAGUUUGAGUUUUUCCUAGUUUUUGAAGAUUUCUCGAGGUUGGUUCGAGAGCUUUGGAGGUUUCAUCAAUGGCGAAUCCACCUGUUCUUCGCUUAUCAAUUCCGGAUCAAAUUUUCAAGUGUUGUGGCUGGAAAUCAGGAAUGAAUGACAUGUCAUUCCUAGGCCCAGGGCGCCUCAGGGACGGGCCUGCUUGGAGGGUUUCUUCUCUCCAAUUCAGAGGAGACCUUUCAUGGUCUUUUGCAGUCUCUGCAUCCAGUUUAUAUCACAGUACUCAUCAAAAUGCCGGAUUCCAUCAGACGAGAAAGCAGAGAAAAAUUUCAGGUGGAGUAAUUGCAUCAUGUAAUAGAGAUGGAAACACAAUGUGCUUUGAUUUUGCAGUUAUUGGAAGUGGGGUUGCUGGCCUUCGUUAUGCUCUUGAAGUUUCAAAACAUGGAACUGUUGCUGUGAUAACAAAGGCUGAACCUCAGGAGAGCAACACAAACUAUGCUCAAGGCGGUGUUAGUGCAGUGUUGUCCCCUUCAGAUUCAGUAGAAAGUCACAUGCAAGAUACCAUUAUUGCAGGAGCUCAUCUUUGUGAUGAGGAGACUGUCAGGGUGGUAUGCACUGAAGGGCCAGAGAGAAUUAGAGAACUGAUUGCAAUGGGUGCGUCGUUUGAUCACGGCGAGGAUGGAAAUUUGCACUUAGCAAGGGAGGGUGGGCACUCCCAUCACAGAAUUGUUCAUGCUGCAGAUAUGACUGGAAGGGAGAUAGAGAGGGCACUAUUAGACGCAGCUAUCAGGGAACCUAACAUCUUCUUAUUUCAACACCACUUUGCAGUUGAUCUAUUGACUUCCCAGGAUGGUUCUAACGCUAUUUGUCAUGGUGUCGACACACUAAAUACUGAAACUCUGGAGGUGGUGCGAUUUCUAUCAAAAGUCACUUUACUUGCAUCUGGUGGAGCUGGUCAUGUCUAUCCAACCACUACAAAUCCUCUGGUGGCAACUGGAGAUGGAGUUGCUAUGGCUCAUCGAGCUCAAGCUGUAAUCGCAAAUAUGGAGUUUGUUCAGUUUCACCCAACAGCCUUAGCAGAUGAAGGCCUUCCUGUAACACCAGCAAAGGCCAGAGAAAAUGCAUUUCUCAUUACUGAAGCUGUGAGGGGAGAUGGAGGGAUCCUUUACAACAUAGACAUGGAAAGAUUUAUGCCUCUGUAUGACGACAGAGUGGAGCUCGCACCAAGAGAUGUGGUUGCAAGAAGUAUAGACGAUCAACUGAAAAAACGAAAUGAGAAAUAUGUUCUCCUUGACAUAAGUCAUAAGCCACGAGAAGAGAUCCUAUCUCAUUUCCCGAACAUAGCAGCCGAAUGUCUCAAGUUUGGCCUUGACAUAACACAGCAACCAAUUCCUGUGGUCCCGGCUGCUCAUUACAUGUGUGGGGGAAUUCGAGCUGGCCUUGAAGGGGAAACCAAUGUGAAGGGGCUCUACGUUGCAGGUGAAGUUGCUUGCACAGGGUUGCAUGGAGCAAAUCGGCUUGCUAGUAACUCAUUACUUGAAGCCUUGGUAUUUGCAAGAAGAGCUGUGCAGCCUUCUAUAGAGCAUAUGAGUAACUCGACACUCGAUUUUAACGCUUCUGAUUGGUGGUCCCAACCAAUGGUGGCCAUAUCACUUGGUGAUGAGGUACUUACAAAAGUCAUAAGAAAGACAAAGGAGAUAAGGAAAGAACUGCAGGCCAUAAUGUGGAAAUACGUUGGUAUUGUUAGGUCCACUGCCAGAUUAACGAGUGCAGAGCAGAAGAUAGCAAAGUUGGAGGCUAAAUGGGAGGAAUACUUGUUUCAACACGGAUGGAAACCAACAAUGGUCGGACUUGAAGCUUGUGAAAUGAGGAACCUCUUUUGUUGUGCCAAAUUGGUAGUCAAUAGUGCUUUAUCAAGAACCGAGAGUCGUGGACUUCAUUAUACCAUUGAUUUCCCUCAUUUGGUAGAAAGCAAAAGGCUUCCAACUAUUAUUCGUCCGUCCUCACUCGUCAAUAAUACAUGGAGUUCGAGGCAGCUUCAUCAGCCAUCCAUCUACCUAUAGUCCAAACUAUAUCGGCAUGUCUUAACAUUCUUCUAGUUGAUAAAGAUUGCCUUGUUUGUCAUUUGUAUUUGCUAAAUUAAACAGUCGCCCCGCCCUAUUCUUAAGUGUGUCAUAGAAGGGCUAUUCUUUUAGCCUUGCUCUCCCAAUUUUGUGUUGUAUCAUCAAUUCAUCACAAACAUAUUACAUUUGAAUUUGUACAUAAUUCUUGUAUUACAUCAUACCAGACAGUUGCAAGUCUUGCAACUUUUUGAAAAA